AUGCCGCAACCACGAAGGCGCGAACUUGCAGUGGGCAAGACCAUAUCCAUCCGAAUCGAACUGGAUGAGGUUGUUGAAAUUUGGCGUGGUGGAGAUUGGCAGGCUUUGACUCCAUCCGAAAGCCUGGACAUCAUCAGGAAAAGAGAUGCUUGCAUUCGUUCUUUCAACCUGUACUACAAUGGUGGAAGCUAUGCCAUCGACUUGGAAGCCAUGACCCGGACAGACAGGGAAAAGGGUCGAGUCCGAUCGAUACGCUUCACUCUCGUGGAAACAAUGCAGGAAUCAGGUAUGUGGGAUCUGGACAAAUGUAAAGAGAGUUUCUGCCACAUGGCUACCGCGGUUGAAGAUUCCCAGCAAAUCCUUACCGAAGACGACCUAUUGCGUAGUUGGCCAGGGGCGGUUGUGGACGACGAGUUGUUGAGUGAAACCGUUCGUGAAGUCAUGCGGUCGGCUUCCUUGCGACACCACCCAGGCAUCUGCAAAGAGGAAUGGCUGCACUAUUGGGCACUCCAAAUGGAGGAGCCUUCCUCGUCCUUAGUUGCGGAGUUGAAUGACCGCUUGCGUGUGGCCAUACAAUAUGAUCCGAAGGUUCUGGAAAGAAUGCAAGCAAUAUUCGAAGCUUUUGGAGCGGUGGUACCUGGUGCCACCAAUCGUUUGGUGCUGCCACUGGAUGGUUUGAUAGAGGCAUGCCAUGCUAUGGAAGAGUUCCCUGACCAAGUGAUGGAGAAGUAUUGGGCGCAGGACAUCUUGCGCCGGCACGCGCAAGGUCAGCUGGCCUUAGAAGAGGACGAUGAGUUGACCUACCACGAUUUCUUAAGCGUCAUGUUGGGCCGCAGAAGGCAAAAAGUGUAUUUGUUGAUGUACGACAUCACGGAUGGUAGGGCGCACUCUUGGUUGUGGCUUUUGGGGCCACAGUUCCGUGCCUUCUGGCACACUGGCGUCAUGGUCGAGUUUGCCGAGAAGCCUUCCGAGUUUUGGUAUGGGGGGAAGGUGUUCUGUUCAACUCCAUGUACCACGCCCUUUGGUCAGCCAAUCGAAAAGCGCUUCAUGGGUCACACAUACAAGAGCCGGGAGGAGGUGAUCCAUCACAUUGGAAUUGACCUAGCACAUGAAUUCCACAAGAACGCUUAUGAUGCCUUGACUCACAAUUGCAAUCAUUUUAGCGACAAGCUAAUGAUGUAUUUGACCAACGAGCACUUACCGGAAGAGAUUCUCAAGCAGCCGGAGCUUGUCCUGAAUUCGCCCGCCGUUCAGCUCGCACGACCUUUCCUGAACAGGUGGCUCGGCGAAUUCCAUGCGAAGGGCGAAGUCGCAAACGAACAACCUGUGGAGGUGAUCCAGGCAGAUCUGGGGCCGUCGGCCCUGGUCUCUUUCAGCCGCCGCGAGGGUGGCCUUGGCUUGAUCGGUAGGGUGGAGUCUUUUCGCGGCGGCGACCAAUGCGUGAUUACCAGCCUCGACUUCUGGCGACGCUGUGCCGUCGAGCGUUGCCUGCCCAAAGCUCGGAUCGGGCAGAUAUUGGACCGUGGCCUUCAGAGGGCUCGUUCCAUCCCAGACAUCAACGAGAUGCUUAUGAAUUCAGCCAGAGGCUCCGAUGGAAGGAGCUGCUGUUGGCUUCCCAACCUGCUGGCCCGCUAUGUGACUUCCAAAGAGAAGCCGUUCGCGCCAACAUCUCCGAGCAACGGAAAAGUGGCCGCGGAGCGGCUGCCCGCUGCCGCUCUUGGGCCUUCCAAAGGAAGCCUUCCGCGCAGAUCCAGCUGCGGUCCGCACCCGGUCACGAGAUCGACGUUGGAAACUUGCUGCUUCGCUUCUGAGGCUGUAUAUGAAGGUUUCGGGAAGCUUUCGACAUGGGGUCCAACACAUCAUGUUUUUGUUGGAGCGCUUGGAGGCGUCAACCGGGAUUUCGCCGUGAAGCUCAAAGCAGUCAAGCAGCUGUCGCCAAAUCAGGCAGGAGGCAAGUCAUCGUGGCGAGAGGCUUUUGAGGUGGACAAGACAACCGUUCAAGUCGUUGUUGGUGGAGCGGCUUGUUUGUUGUCUGCAGCAGCUCUCAAGCAGUACUUCUUCCACCAGUGCCAGCCCAAGGGAUGCACCGUGCUCACCAGACCGGGGCUGCUGGGAUGCCUUCCAGAUAUGUGGAAGAACUUCAGCCAGAACACAACCCACAGCAAUUUGGCCCAGUAUCACGAGACAGAUGGUGACACGCUUUACCUUCACUGCGGUGUACUGCAAUACUUCAUGCGACCCUUGGUUAUUACCAGAGAUCCUCGCAAUGUUGAGCACAUGCUCAAGACAAACUUUGACAAUUUCCCGAAGGGUGAAGCGUUCCAUGAUUCUGUGCAUGAGUUGUUGGGAGACGGCAUAUUCAAUGCAGAUGGCGACCUUUGGUACAAACAGAGGAAGACGGCAUCGCAGAUGUUUACUGCAACCAGAUUCAAAAAUCACAUUUGGCGAGUUCUGCAGAGGAACUGCCAGAAGGUAUUGGAGAUAUUGUCGAACAACCCAGAACCGGUGGUUGACCUUUUCAACUUGCUGAACCGCUUCACACUGGACUCAAUCGGAGAGAUCGGAUUUGGAACUUCCAUCGGGUCGUUGGAGAAUCCUGUGUCACCGUUUCUGCGCUCGUUUGAUGAGGCGCAGAGGAUUGUGUUCAGGCGAUUCGUGCUGCCAGGUUGGCGCCUUUUUCAGUUCUUCGCCGUUGGCUCCGAAAGAGACAGCCGAUUCCACAUGCGAAGCCUGAGAGAAUACAGCAAAGGCAUCGUGGAGCAGCUGUCCCGGUCGCUGGAUACCGAAGCCGGGGACAGUUUCGUGGGCCUUUUUAUGAAAAGCGAACCCAACUCGUCACCGGAUUUUCUGGUGGACUUGGUGUUGAACUUCCUCAUCGCCGGCCGGGAUACAACAGCUCAGGGCAUGUCUUGGUGCCUCUUCCUUCUCGCGCAGCAUCCCGAAGUGGAAGAGAAGAUUCUCAAGGAGCUCCAGGCCGUUUGUGGAGAAGGUGCGCUUGUCUACGAUCACCUCCGUGACUUGAAAUACCUUGAGGCAGUCUUGAAGGAGUCCCUGCGCCUUUAUCCUUCCGUGCCUCUCGACUCAAAGACCACACUACAGUCGGACACACUGCCCGAUGGCACAUUUGUUCCACGAGGGACACUUCUGGUCUACAAUUCCUAUGCAAUGGGCCGGUCCCGGGCGAUUUGGGGCUCGGAUGCAGCUGCCUUUCGGCCAGAGCGUUGGCUCAAUGAAGACUCGAAAACCCCGUACGAAAAUCCAGUGUUCCAUGCCGGACCGCGUGAGUGCCUCGGCAAGCGCCUGGCGAUUGUCGAGAUGAAAACCAUGAUUGCCUCACUUCUGAAGCAUGCCAGCCUACGGUUGGCUGUGCCCCCGGAGAACAUCCGGCCAGACUCCGCGGCAACCCUUGGCAUGUCCUCUGGCUUGCAGUGCUAUGUCCACUUACGACAUGCAUCUAAAACAAUAUAA